GGAGAAGAAGAACAGAGUAGAGGUUAAAAAAAGAAUUGUUUGAUUUGAUUUGAUUGUCUGCUAAAUUUUAUAUAUAAAAAUCACAUUUCCAAAUAUGGCUAGUGAUAAAAAACCCGUAAAAUCAUUAGGAAAAGGUGCUAAAACUAAUGAAGAAAUUCUUGCUGGAUUUCAAACACUUCGCAAUGAUCAGAGAAUGAUGGCUACUAAAUUAUCAGAAAUGGAAAUGGAACUGAAUGAACACAAAAUUGUCAUUGAUACAUUGAAGAAUGUUGAUCCUAAAAGAAAGUGCUAUAGAAUGGUUGGGGGAAUUUUAUGCGAACAAGUUGUUGGAGAAGUUUUACCUGGACUUGUUACAAAUAAAGAUAGGUUGAUAAAAGUUAUCGAGACAUUGAAUGAACAGUUGGAGAAAAAGGGUAAGGAGAUAAAUGAAUACAAAGAGAAAAACAAUAUUAGGAUACGGGGAUUAGAUGAAUUGCAACAAACUGAAGAGGAAUCUAAAGAACCUAAAAGAAAUGCUCUUGUAGUUAAUCCUAUUGAAACUUAAUUAUUAUUAAUAUGUAAUUGUUUACUCUUUUUUUUUUUUUUUUUUUUUUCUUAAUUGUCAUUAAUUAUGAAUCAUUUUUAUUUUUUAAUUUUAUCUGCCAGUGUCGAUUUUAUCACAAGUCUGAUUUAAUAAUUUUCAAUAGUUCUGAGUAAUUAAUUCAUGUUUUUUUUUUUCGUAUAGAAUAUUAAUUUUCUUGUAAAAAGACAAAAGCAAUAAAACGUUUAUUAAUUUAAAAAUUUAGUUUAGUUUAGUUUUUUUUUUUAUUGUUACAGAAAUAAUCUGAUUAUUUUUGUAUUAUUGCUUUAAAA